AUCAAACAGUCGGAAACGUAUGAUUCGAAGCCCUAGUCAAAAAAGUAAUUAACAUCAACUUGAAAAAUAAGGAAAAAUCUGUGGCGUGCGAAGGAAAAUGCUCUAAUAUCGUUAAAAUUAGACGUUUAUAUUUAAAUGCUUAAAGUAUAAAAAUUUGGAGUAAAAUGAAUAUUUCAGACAGUGAAUCAGCUCGUGACAUCUUAUACCUGAAUUUUAAUCAGAUAGCAACUGCUCUUUCUGUUGGAACUAAGAAUGGAUACAUGUUGUAUGAUUUAAACCAAGUUUAUGAAUGCGUUCCCACCUAUGACACAAAUUUGACACCCGCUAAAGGUCAGGUGACUGAUGUGUGCAUUAUAGAGAGAAAUUUCCUCACAAGUUUGAUUGCCUAUGUAACAUUAAAUUCCCCCCGAAGUCUUAUACUCUACAAUUACAAUAAAGGAACUAUCCUCAUAGACAGACUGUUUCCUAAUACAGUUCUAUCUGUCAAGCUGAAUAGGAAGAAUGUUGUUGUGUGCCUAGAAGACAGUAUAUUUAUACUAGAUGUUAUGAACUUGAAAGAGGACAAUAUGCAUGCAAUUACAGGCACUGCAACCAAUGUAAAAGGUUUGAUUGCCCUCACCUAUGGUUAUGGUAAUUCAUUAUUGGCAUAUCCAGCUAGCUCUGUGAAAGGGGAUGUGCAAAUAUUUGAUGCCACAUCUAAGCAUGCCAAAAUUACAAUCCCUGCUCAUGACAGUGAAUUGGCAGCCCUUACAUUUGAUGAGACAGGAGAUAAGCUAGCUACUGCUUCUAUUAAGGGGACAGUCAUCCGAGUGUUUGAUGUAGUGAGUGGUAAAGCUCUAUUUGAAUUUAGACGAGGCAUGAAGAGGUGUGUUGAGAUUCACUCCUUGUCAUUUAACAAAGAUGGUGAGUUUUUGUGUGCCUCAAGCAAUACAGAGACAGUUCACAUCUUUAAACUUCAGAACACUGAACCUGCAGAGCAGGUUGAAGAGGAAGCUGAGGGUUGGAUGGAGAUGUUUGGUAGAGUUCUCACUCAAUCAGCCAAGUACCUGCCUACACAGAUGUCAGAUGUCCUCACGCAGCAAAGGUCAUUCGCUUAUGUUCACCUUCCAUUUGUCACUCAGAAGACAAUAAGUGCUAUAUCUACGAUACAAAAUGUUCCGUAUGUGAUGGUUGCUUCUUUAGAAGGGUUUCUUUAUAUCUAUGAACUGAACGUUGAAAUGGGAGGAGCUUGUGUUUUAAUAAAACAGCACAGGUUGGAAGGACCAGUUAAACCUACUACAAAAAAUUCAAGUCCUGCUUUGUCGAAAUUUGAACCUCAUUCAACGAGUCAUCCUGUUGAAUCUGUGGAAAAAGAGUCACCUAUCUCAAAUAUCAAGUCCAGUCCUGUCCAUAAUCUUAAACUGGGCUAUGCCUGGCCUGAAGUUGAGCUGAAUCCUCCUUACCUUGACCUGAAAUUGAGUGAAAAAUACACUGAACAGGAAGAGCAUCCUAAUUCGGGUGUAAGUACCAGUUGUGUACUGAUGAUGUUCCUGUUAGAUAUGAAAUAUCUUCUUGUGAUACAGAACAGACAUUCUCAUCUGUUGAAUGAAAUAUGUAUAUUUUUCAUCAGAUAUCAUCUAUGUAUCAGCUCAUCAUUUGUGUACAAAAAUGGAAAAUAUAUGUUAUAUAAUCAUAUAAAAAUUUCAAGACUGUAAAAAGUUUUCAUUGACAAUGUAAUAGUUCUCACUAUUUGGAAAAAAAUUUUUAGUCUUAUUGAAAAAAGUAUUUUGAUUUUAUACAACGGGCCUAAAAUUUUAUUUAUCGUUUAUUUAUUAUUAGGUGAAAAGUUUUUUUUUAUUUAGGUUAAAAAGUUUGGUUAAAAUAGGAAUGCACAUGUUCUGCGGCCCGCAGGAGCUUCUGAAUGUAUAAAAAAUUUCCUUUUAAUUUAGUUUUUUUUAAAAUUUUAUUUAGUUAAAAUAUUUCAUUCAAAUUUAUAUUACUCUAUAAAAUAUGUAUAUUUUUAGCACUUUCAUUCUGUAAGAAUUUAUAUCUCUCCUAUAUAUAUUAGUAAAUAAACUAAUUAUUGAGAAAAAUCGAAAAAGCUUUUUUAAAAAAAAGUAUUGGUUGUUUUAGUUUUAAAUAAAUUCAAAUAAUUAAAAGUAUUUAAUUUUCUGAAGUAUGUUAUUAAGUUUUCUGACAAAAAUAUUUAAUGCUUAGAACAUUAAUGUUUUUAUAAAAAUUAUCAUAUUUGCCGCAGACAUGACUAAAUAUGUAUGCGGCCCUUUGUUUAUCUACCUGCUGUGCAAGUGGCCCUUCACUUAAAAAGCUUGCGCACCCCUAGUUUAAAAUUUUAAUUUUUUUUUUCAAAGCAAAAGCAUGUUACAAAUUUUAGUUUUUAAGUUUAAAAAUUUAAGAUUUAGAAAGAAAAUUACUUUUUUUGAAAAGUUAUGUAUGAAAUUUAUUAUUCAGGUCACCUGGAAUCUGAAUUAGAAAUAAUUGUUUUUCAGGUUUAACUGUAUUUUCAAUUUUCAACUAUAGGUAUUUUCCAUCUAUAGGUUAGAUUACUAUGCAGAUUCCAGAUAUUUAAGUAUAUAUUACAGAAAGUUUAAGUAUAAUAUUUUCACAUGGGACUCUUCUUACUUAUUUCCUAACUUCCUAAACUUUAAUGUAAUGAAAGAAAAUGCUGUAUUGAGUAUUUAUUUUUCUUAACCGCUUCCCUCUAUUUGGAAUAGUGAAUUUGUAAUGAAACUGGGAAGAAGUUCUUCAAUAGCAGGUGUAUAUGGUCAUAUAAAAAGAAUCAUUAUGCAUAACGUUGUUACAUAGCCUAAUUAUUACCAUAAAUACUCAGAAUAAUAAGUUUAAAAUAUAUUAAGUAAAACUUGCCUCCAUCAAAUUUUUUAAAUGUUUAAUAUCGAUAUUUUCGUCAUAUGAUCGCCAAUUGGCAAUCUUUCUCGGAAUUGUUCCCAUCCUUCUCCCAAAAGUGGUGUAAUAAAGUCAGGUGACAAAGAGGGAACCAAAUACUAAUUCCUGGUAAAUGGAUACAUAUGCAGAAAAAAAAACUUCAAAUAAAUAUGUAAAUAAUUUAAAUGGUUACAUUUUGAGCAAAAUAGUUUCACAUGCUUUUUUUUUUCUUUCAUGAUUUGGGUUGAUCAGUAUUUUCUAAUCUCAUGCCCGACUGUUACUGUACGCAGAGAUGAUUGUGCUCCAGAAAAAAUCUGGAUUUUUCGCUAACCGCGAUCCAGAAAUUUCUGGAAAUCCAAAGUCCAGAAGUUUCAAGAAAUUAUUGAUCACAUUUAUAAAUAAAAAUAUUAGAACUAGAAUUUAUGUUUGACAUCUCUUCCAUUUGAAACUAUUUUUUCUGGUAGAAUAAUAAAUGUGAUUAGAAAUAAAAAUAAACUUAUACAUAAUUAUUAAUUUAAAUUAUGCUGCAUGUAAUUUAUUUAGAAUUUCAUGUUGUGAAAAUAUCAAUGGUUUAAAUUUAAAAAAGACGGUAAUUUUUUGAAACGUGUCAUUAAUGAUUUUACUCAAGAAAUGUUCAGGAUUUUUCAGUUGGGAUCACAAUCACCCCUGUGUACAUUUGUUAACUUAAAAACUAAUAUUUGUAUUAUGAUUUGAAGAGAAAUUUUUUAAAAAAUUGAAAAAUUUUUUAAUGUAUGUUUUUGAGCUUAAAAAAGAGCUUAACUUUAGGCUCAUUCUAAAAGACCUAAAUAUUUUUGGAGAGUAUGUAACUACAGCGAAAACUUUUUAUGCUCUCAAAAUUUUGAAUAUCGAAAAAAAUUGUUUUUCAUGAUACACUCUUAUGUCUAUGUUUUUUUCUUUUUUAAUUGAGAGUUGUAAUAAUUGCAGAUUGUUUUCAUUCACUGUAUUCUCUGUCACCCAAUGCUUAGACUAUAAGCCAUUUGUUCUUUCAUUACUUAUUUGUUUGUUUGUUUUUUCUGAUUAUUUAAUUAUUAUUUAAGGUCUGGGAUUUUAUAUUCAGAACACAGAUAUUUUGGAUGAACUUAAAAUAUUAACAACUGAGCAUAGUAUGCAAUGAUAGAAGGGAAAUUUAUUUUAAUGUCAAAUAACGAUGAAAUUUAUAACUAUUUUUUUUAAAUAACAAAAUGAAUUAUAUCUACAGCCCCUGGACAAAUUAUUAGACACACUAUUAGAUUCUAUGUAAAAUCUUAAUUAUCAGGUGAUACUCUAUACAGUGUGUCUAAUAAUUUGGCUAGGUAUGAUAUAUUGUUAAACUAUAUCAUGCAAAAUUAUAUUCUUUAGUAUCAAAAUAUGAGUUGGUUUUAGUUGUUUAAAAUGCUUCUGUUUUUUGUUUAGUCUCAGAUCCCAGAAUCUAUAAAAUUGCAAUUUCUAUUU